AUGAACGCGACCUUCCUGAACCACAGCGACUUGCAGGGCGAGGCCGCCCUGGGGAACCGCAGCCACAGUCUGGGCACGUGGCUGGGCUGCUGCAGCCCGGGGGACGCGCCCCUGGCCGCCAGCGACGGGGUCCCCGCGGGACUGGCUCCGGACGAGCGCAGCCUGUGGGUGGCGCGCGUGGCGCAGAUCGCCGUGCUCUGCGUGCUGUCGAUCACCGUGCUCUUCGGCGUCUUCUUCCUGGGCUGCAACCUGCUGCUCAAGUCCGAGGGCAUGAUCAACUUUCUGGUGCAGGAGCGCCGGCCCUCCAAGGACGCGGGCGCUGCCAUCCUGGGGCUGUACUAGAGCGCCUGGCACGCGCCCCCACCCCCCGUUGGACGCCCUCUCGGGGUAGCUCGGAGACGGGACCCGAAAGCCCGGAGCCCUCGUCCUUCAGCCCGGCGACACGGCAGGACUAGCGGCUGUCUGCGGCGGCUCCGGAAAGGGAUCGAUCUACUGGACCCGACUCGGUCCAAUGUGGGCUCCAGCCUUGCAGGAGUUAAUGGGGA